UGGAGCCAGUGGCCAUCAUGGCGGAUUCGCUGCUACUGCUGCGCAAGCGGGGGUCCAUGCGCUCCACAUGGAUGCGAGCCCGCAAGGCCCGGCCCCAGCUCAUCCUCAGCCGCCGGCCCCGCCGCCGGCUCCGGACUCUGCUGCGCUGGUGCGGCCGAAGGCGCCUGCGGAGGCGGCUGCUGCAGGCCCAGGCGGCCGGCGCGGACUGGCGGGAGAGCGGUUGCCUGGUGACGAGCGCGGCAGCGGCCGGGAGGACCAAGACCGCGGCCCCCAGCGCGGCCCCUAGGUAUACCCCGGACGAGGUCUCCGCGCCGAGUUGCUUCACGAACCUCCCCGUCCGGCUAUUGCGGCCGGUGGGCCCCGGCCGCGCGUUGCUACUGCUGCCGCUCGAACAGUGUUUUACUUUCAGCGGGAUCUGCCGUGUGACGUGCCUUUACGGCCAGGUGCAGGUGUUUGGUUUUACCAUUAGCCAAGGCCAGCCUUCCCGAGAUGUCUUCUCGACCUAUACCCAUUCUCGCCUCACUAUCCGUGCCGUUCCUUUCUCGAUGCCUGAGAAAAGCAAGAAGGAGAUGAAAAGGGAAGCCCGAACUUUGCUCAGAUCUCAUCUUAACCAGGAUGAUAGAUGUUGGGUGAUGAAGAAUUUUUCUCCUCUGUGUUCCAUUGUGCUGCUGGAAAAUCUGAAAACCUCUACUGUGAACUUCAUAAUCAGCCAUCCAGGUUUAUCUUACAUCUUUGUACAAGAGAGCCCGACUUUCCAGAUUAACUCCGAAUAUUUUGCCUUGAGGUCUGUUGGCAUUAAAAAAGAGAAAAAAAAAAAUGCCCUUCAUUUUACUGAGAGUGUUCUUUCCGCCCUGGAAGAGUUAGUCAACGAUUCUUGUGAAGAAGUAGAUGGCUGUCCUGUCAUUCUGAUUUGUGGAGCUCAGGACGUUGGAAAGUCAACGUUCAAUAGAUACCUGAUUAACCAGUUACUGAACAGUAUUUCCUGCGUUGACUAUUUGGAAUGUGAUCUGGGACAGACAGAAUUUACUCCACCGGGUUGCAUUUCUUUACUUAAUAUUACAGAGCCAGUUCUAGGACCACCUUUCACCCACCAGAGGACACCACAGAAAAUGGUAUAUUAUGGGAAACCUACUUGUAAAAACGACUAUGAGAAUUACAUUGAGAUAAUAAAGUAUGUGUUCAGUUCCUACAAGAGAGAGUCCCCUCUUAUCAUCAACACAAUGGGCUGGGUGACAGACAAAGGGCUUUUGCUUCUCAUUGAUCUGAUCCGACUGCUGUCUCCCAGUCACGUUGUUCAGUUCAGUUCUGGCCGAAGUAAAUACAUGCCAAACCUCACUCCUGACUAUGUAGAUGACAUGGACGGCUUGUACACAAAGAGCAAGUCGAAAAUCAGACACAGGGGUUUCCAUCUGCCAGAAUUUGCGGAGUAUUUUGAAUUUGCUGAUGAAGAAAAAGAGAGUCCAGUUUUAUUUACUGGACAUAAGCUGAUGUGUGUCAAGUCAGACUUCGCAUUUAGAAAAACUCCAAGAAAUAGAGACUCACAUAACAAAAUUCUUCGUGACUUGGCGGUGUUAGGUUACCUUGGCCAGUUGCAUCCCCCAGUGCCGAAACCACUUUAUCCCUUACAAAGUCUGACACCCUAUCAGGUCCCUUUCAAUGCCGUUGCACUCCGCAUUACACACGCCGAUGUCGCUCCCACCCACAUACUGUGUGCUGUGAACGCCAGCUGGGUGGGUCUCUGCAGGAUCCUGGAUGAUGUCAGAGGACAUGCACAUGGGCCCAUCCUGCUGGCCCAGACUCCAAUCUGCGAUUGUCUGGGGUUUGGAAUCUGUAGAGGGAUUGAUGUGGAGAAGAGACUUUACCACAUCCUCACCCCUGUGCCCCCGGAAGAGCUAAGAAACGUGAAUUGUCUGCUGGUCGGAGCCAUUUCCGUCCCACACUGUGUCUUUAAGAACCAGCACGGGCCUGAAGGGAUGAUACCUUACAUCACGACAGAUUAUAAUUUUAAACUUCCUGGAGCAUCAGGGAAAAUUGGAUUAAGAGAAACUGAGGAAACAUGUAAAGAGAAACUGCACCCAAGACCUAAAUUCUAUCGAAAAACAAACUGAUGUUUUUAAUAAGGGAAGGUACUUUUGUACCAGAAAGCUUGACUUUGUCUCCAGCCUGACAUCAGCAGACGGCACCCUUACGUAGCAAACAGUGUCCUAUAAAACUUGUGGAAGUGUUUAUAGUAAAUGUAAGUCCCUUCUUAAAGCUACGUGACCCAGAGUUUUGCUUUAGUCUGCUGUAUGGUGAAUCACACUUGAUGUUUUAGUUUUUAAAGGGAGAGAAAACGUCACGGAAAAGGUGCUCCAUUAAAACAGGAUACAAUCGAUUCCGUAAAAAGUUCUCUGAGGACCUGGUUGGUGGAAUCGGGAUAAAAAUGGGGAGCUUGGGGCCACAGAAAUGGACCCAGGAGGCAGGAUGGCUGGCUAGCAGGGUUGUAAGUCUAACAGGAUGUAGAGACACGCCUUGGUUCUUGCCCAGUGAUGGCAGAAUGGGCGGGGAGACCCCAGCGGUGGGUCAUUCUCAUCCCUGAUCAUGUGAUGCUACCCAAGUUCUCUCCGUUCCUGUGAUCAAGUGUUAAAGAUAUGUUUGGUCUUCAAAGUUAAUCGAAGUUUAAUAGGAGGAAGUUUGGGCUCCUUCAUUUUUUUUUUUUUUUUUUUAACCCAAUGGGUUUAUGAUGAAAAAAUUGCUCUCAAGUCCAGGAAGCCUCUCCUGGGGCCUCUUUAAAACUGUAUUUGUCCUAAUUGACUUCUCAUCUGGGAUUGAAGAUCUAUCCUGGGCUGCGCCGGAAACUCAGCUGUGUGGAAGGACUGGCAGAGCAGUUCCCCUGAAAAAGGCCUGCUCUUGCCCUUAGGUGGCUGGACCUGAACUUGUACCUGUGGACAGCUGUGCCAUUUAGCGCUUUCUCCUAGGGGUACCGGAGGCUGGUGAUGAUGUCAUUCUCCCAGAUGGCUCUGGGAAAACAACGGAAAUCUAUUCGUCUUCUCCCUGGUGGUCGUGACUCUGUAUCCUCCACGGUUGGAAGCGGUUUGGGGAAAUCAGUCUGGGUCAUACUAUUUCUGCAUCUGAGAUGGUGAGAGAGUUCCUAAGGCAGCAUCUCAAACUGGUACUGUGAAUUGCAGCAUCCUAGCAAAUCAUGAAGGCUGCUUAUGAGAAUGUGGGUUUUAACACCUAUAUUCAUUUAAAGUAUCUCGUAGACCCACAGACUUACAGAUUCGCACAGGACCCCUUGGCACCCUCUAGGGCGAUUUUGACACCCUAGGGACCACUUAAUGUCUAACUUCCUAGGUGCCUCUUAUUUAUAUCUAAAUUUAGCUCAUACAUGUUUUUCUAUCUUGGUCUUGC